UCUGACGGCGCACGCCACCGGCGCGGCCGCCUGUGCUUGAGCGUCGGGUGGUACAGGUGCGCUGAUUGCUGGGACGCGGCGGCGAGCCGGACGCGGUUACCGAGGAGGAAGCGAGGGGCCGUAAAUGACCCCGGGGUGUCGCGCUACCCGGGAGAGUCUCUAAUCGUUUCUGGCUUUUGUCCAGCCGGCUUGCUCGUAGACUUGAGCGGGCCCGCCGAACGAUUGCGCAAGUUCCGUCCGCGGUGCCGGGCUCACGUCGGAGAACCCAGAGAUGUGCGAAGCGGCCGGCUUCUCUUCGUGACCCGGAGACGCGAGCUGACCCGACUGCGACCGUGCCGCUAUGGAUCUCCGCGAGCGGUGCCUCCGGUGCUGCCAGCCCGUCCUGGUGUGCUUUAAGAAGACGCGCUCCGCCGAAGACACGCGACAGGCGGUCCGGCGCAAGGACAUCGAGGUGAUCGUGAACCCCCACGCGCGGCAGACCGGACCCGGGGUGUCCCUGCGACCGCUCGCGGUGGAGAAGACCGACGUUUACAUCGCCCUGUACGACUACACCGCCCGGACGGAGGAGGACCUGAGCUUCAGCGCCGGGGACAAGUUGGAGGUUUUGGACAAAAGCGCCGGCGAUUGGUGGUACGCCAAAGCCCUCACCGGACUCCGCGUUGCCCGGCGGGGUUACAUCCCGGCCAAUUACGUGGCCCCUGUGGAGAGCAUUGACGCUGAGCCAUGGUAUUUUGCCGAAACCAAGAGACUUGAUGCAGAAAAGCUGCUGUUGGCUGAGGGAAACCAGCAUGGAGCCUUCCUCAUCCGCAACUGUGAAAGCCAGAAAGGGGAGCUCUCUCUCUCAGUGCUGGACAGCAGGACCGUGAAGCAUUACAAGCUGAGAAGGACGGACAGCGGCCACUAUUAUGUGUCGAAAACCAAACCCUUUGAGACGAUAAAGGAGUUGGUGGCUCACUACUCCCAGCAGGAGGCCGGGCUUUGUGUGCGUCUGGGUGAACCGUGCAAAAAGAUAGAGGCCCCGCAGACCCACGGCCUGUCCUACAACACCGUCGACCAGUGGGAGAUUAACCGGACCUCCAUAAGGCUGCUGAGGAAGCUGGGCGCGGGGCAGUUUGGAGAAGUCUACGAGGGCCUCUGGAAUGAAACCACGGCGGUGGCAGUGAAGACGCUCAAACCCGGUUCCAUGGACCCAAAGGACUUCCUGAGGGAGGCCCAGAUCAUGAAGAAGCUGCGGCACCCCAAGCUGAUCCAGCUGUACGCUGUGUGCACCGUGGGCGAGCCCAUCUACAUCAUCACCGAGCUGAUGAGCAACGGCAGCCUGCUGGAGUACCUCCAGAAGGACAACGGAGUCAAGCUGCGGAUCGCAGACCAGAUCGAGACCGCCGCCCAGGUGGCGGCGGGCAUGGCAUUCUUGGAGCUGCAGAACUACAUCCACCGAGACCUGGCCGCCAGAAAUGUCCUUGUGGGAGAGAACAACAUCUGCAAAGUGGCCGACUUUGGCCUCGCCCGGGUCUUCAUGAUGGAGAAUGAAAACGUAUAUGAAGCCAAAGAGGGCACAAAGUUCCCUGUGAAGUGGACCGCUCCGGAGGCCAUCAACGACAACAAGUUCACCAUCAAAUCUGACAUCUGGUCCUUUGGCAUCUUGCUGUACGAGAUCAUGACCUUCGGCCAGAUGCCUUAUCCAACCAUGAGCAACUACCAGGUGGUGCAGCGAGUCCCCACCGGCUACAGGAUGCCGUGUCCGCCCCACUGCCCCAAGGUGCUGUACGAGAUCAUGAGCGACUGCUGGAAGCAGAACGAGCAGGAGAGGCCCACGUUCGAGACCCUCCAGUGGAAGCUGGAGGACUUCUUCGACAUGGACGUGUCGUCCUACGACGAUGCCAACCGCUACUAGCGCGGUGCGCUGAGUGCGCGGAAACUCGCACGAGAAUGUGCAGAAUAAGAAAGAAAGGGGGGGGGGGAAAAGAAAAACUCUAUCAAAUUAAUGUUUAAGCGAAGAAUGUGUGACACAGGAUUACAACGUGACUACGACCCGAUACCUCCGCUGCCUCGUUGUGGCUUUGUCGUUUUGCGGCGGUGUUGCUUUUACCCCGCCAACAAGUUGUUUGUGACACUUCCUGUUCUGUGUCGUUUGCCGGCCGAGCGCACUUUCGGUGAUCGGGCGACACGCGCCGUGACACCUCCGCUCCGGUCUAACUCUCUAGACGGGACGGCCCCUCGGGAGGGCGCCUGCAACCCGCCGCCCUCGGCUCUCGGGCGCUGUCUGUCUCACCCGUCUGUCUGUCCGCCCAUCCUGACGGACCGGUUUGUGCGUGAACUUGGCAUUGCGUGCAUUUUUGCCACCGCCGUUUCGCCGCCGAGCUCCUUAUCGGGGCCCGACCUCGGCGGAUGAGCUCAAAUUGUGUUCGUGUACCAGCUCGGCGUGUCUGGCUUAUCCACGUGUGAGAGACUCUGACUCAGAGAGCGCGAGAGGAAGUGGCGGGCGCUCACACUGCAGUUUGGGGGUUGCUCCUCUGCGCAACAGCAAACGGAGGAGGCUCUAGCUAAGCUGCAGGGGCCUAGCAUGUGGGCUAAACCAUGGACCGAGCGUCGGGUCUUUUCUGUGGCUCAAAAAAAGCUGAUUUGAGAUUUCGACACCGGACGUGAAGGGAGGGAUCUGUGCCUGCACUUGUCGACCCUGUCCGACAACUGGUGUCGGUCCGGCAUCGCUGACCGGGACCCCUGCUGAGAACCACCGUCCGUGGCGUGGGAAGGGUACAGUAACUAAAUGAAAUCGGUGUAGCGGAAUCUGAAAUGCUUGAUGAUUAAAAUACCUCCUCUGUUGUGCAAAAACGUUUCGUUGCAUGGGUUUAAUCUUUCGCUUGUUCUUUUUUUUUUUUUAGAUGUCAGGAGCAGAAAGUUGUAUUUCCUGUUCAUUGUAGCCUUUAUCAUCUCUUGUGUUCAUGUGAUCAUUUUGUCUCCACACAAACGGAAUAUUACUCUUUAUGUAUGCAAAUAAUUAAAUCACUUUU